CUUCAAGUCAGACAGCAAGUCGGCUUUGGACAAAGCAGAGACCUGCAUGGCUCAAAAUGCCUUGCUUGUUUCAAAGGCUACGCCUCCUGCUAUAAGUGCAAACAGCUGGAAUAGGACAUACCUUAAAUAUGGUCAACAGAAAGCUCCCUGGACUUGGCAAAAGAGGGGGAAUAUGGGGAUUUUUCAUCCUUUUGCUUUACACCGGCCCUCCUUCUUGCUUUGCAACGUUCAGUCAAGCAAAAGAACUCAUCUAUAGAAUAAAGGAGGGUUUACCCAAGGGGACCUUUGUUGGAGCCAUCGGUGUGGACUUACAUUUGGAUUUUACAGUUGACCCCCCCUAUUUAUUCAGCGUGGCUCAAAGGAGGCUCAGUGAACAGUAUGUGACACUUAAUAAUCUGACCGGAGAGUUUUUUACAUCAGCGACAGAGAUUGAUAGGGAGGCACUUUGCCCUCAUAACCCAAACAAACAUGGAUGUUUCUUCUCCCUGGAUGUGUUUGUGCUUCCUCAGCAAUAUUUUCAGCUCAUCAAAGUGAAAGUCAUCAUUGAGGACAUCAACGACAACAGACCAAAGUUCCCCGUGGACGAGAUCGUUAUAUCCAUCCCGGAAAACACGGCGGUUAACGCUCGCUACGCAGUGGAGCAGUCCGCGGUUGACCCCGACUUGGGUCUUCACGGAGUGCAGACCUACUGGCUCGUGAAUGACUUUGGUGUCUUCACGUUGGAUGUGGAAGAAAACGAAGGAGGGGAGCUGACACCCUUUGUCAUCGUGACCGAUUCGCUGGACCGUGAGACGCGAGCCGAAUACGUCACGGAUAUCAUCGCGGAAGAUGGUGGGACCCCUCCUCUACUUGGUGCGGCCACUUUAAAAAUCCUCGUCUUAGACGUGAAUGAUAACUGUCCCCAAUUUAUCCAAUCGCACCUCAAUGUGACCCUGCACGGCAAUUCCACCAAAGGAACGCAUUUGGCUCGUCCGCAUGCUUUUGACCCCGACCUCGGUGCAAAUGCUCAGAUCAGCUAUGCUUAUAGCGAGCGUGUGCCAAGAGAGACCAGAAGCUUGUUCCACUUGGACAGAACUACAGGGCUGAUCAAACUUGCGGGAAAAAUAGACACGGCUACAGCCACGUUUUACAAACUCACGGUUCUGGCCAACGGACCUGGUUGCAUUCCUGCCGUUGCCACUGUUGCCGUUCGUUUGGUCAAAGUUCAAACGGGACCACCUGAAGUCAUACCAAGAUACAUCGCACAGGAAAAAGACGGAGUGCUGACGAUUAAGGAAUCGGAGCCGGUUUAUUCUCCGAUUGCUUUUUUUACCGUCAAAAAUCUACAAGUCGGUCAAAGUGUGGACUGCUAUUUGGAGGGUUCGGGUCCUUUUAGGAUCGGACCGUAUCAGCUGGCCAAAGACGAAUACCUGCUCGAAACCACGGAGCCGCUGGACUAUGAGACGACGCGGGGGUAUGAGCUCAUGGUAGUUGCUGAAAAUAGUCAAGGGCUGGUCAUCAAGACUUUCCUCAAGGUCGAGAUUUUGGACGAGAAUGACAACGCGCCGGUCUUUCAGCAGUCUUUUGUGGAAAUAUCGGUCGAUGAGAACAAUGCACCCAACACUUAUCUCACGCAACUCCAUGCCACAGACCAGGACAGCGAAGCCCGUGGGGAGGUCACCUUUCUCCUGGGAGGUGACGCCCCUGGCAUCUUUGUUUUAGAUCAGGUGACGGGUAUCCUGAGCGUGACCACAUCACUGGACCGCGAAGAGAAGGAAACAUACCGCUUUAUCGUGAGAGCGGUGGACCGGGGAAUCCCGAGGAGGGAGUCCAUCGCCACCGUGGUGGUGACCGUGCAAGACCGCAAUGACAACAGUCCGCGUUUCAUCAAUAAGGAUUUCACUUUUUUCGUGCCUGAGAACUUCCCCGGUUACGGUGAGAUCGGGGUGCUGUCGGUGACGGAUUCCGACAUCGGGGAAAACGGCUGGGUAGCCCUUUCCAUCCUCAACGGGAGUGACAUCUUUUUGAUAGACACCGGCCGAGGCACGCUAAGGGCCAAGGUCUCGCUUGACCGCGAGCAACAAGGUACAUACCAGCUGUGGAUCGAAGCCGUCGACGGCGGGCAGCCAGCGCUCUCCUCCGUAACCAUGGUGACCGUACUGCUGUUGGACGUCAAUGACAACCCACCCAUUGUCCUCUUCCCUCAAUCCAAUCAAUCCUACAUGUUGGUUCUGCCCAACACUCUGCCAGGAACGUCCAUCACGGAGGUGUACGCCGUGGAUAACGAUACGGGAAUGAAUGCUGUGAUCGCGUAUAGUAUCAUUAAAAGAAAGGGAGCUGAGCCCGGCUCGUUUUCCAUCGACCCGGAAACGGGAAAUAUCACUUUAGAGAGGGAACUCAGCAAUCGGGGCCUCUAUAGCCUCCUGGUAAAAGUCAGCGAUCACGGUCAGCCCGAGCCACUUUACUCCACCGUCAUGGUUAACUUAUUUGUGAAUGAAACCGUCAGCAACGAAAGCUACAUCCAGAGUUUGCUGAGCAGAGAAAAUGAGAUCGAAAUAGAGGACAAACCUUGGCAGAUCGGUCAAUUCCAGGAGGUGCCUGAGAGGAAGGACACAUUUCCGUGUAAAGCCGUCCUUGUUGCCCUUUCGGUGACAUGCGCCGGGCUGUUCUUCUCCCUCGUUACAAUGACGGCUUGCAUAUGCUGUAAAAGAUUCCAGAAGCAAAAGACAAAAUCGGAAGUUGAGUUGCCUCUUAAAAUGAAGACGGACUCGAUGCAGGUCAAGAAUGGGAAGUUGAGGCAUGUCUCGAACAUUUGAUGACACACGUGUUUACACCAAUG